GACUCCUCAAGAGCGUAUGUUUUGAUGGCGAUGGUAAAGCGGUCUGUUUGAUCAUCACUCGUGGGAACUUCAGAUUUUGUGUAGCACUUCUUACUUUCUCCCUUCGAAUUUAGUCAUGUUCUGCUACUCUUUGAUGAGACUUUGGUUUACGGCAUCGUUUAUCAUUCUCUUGCUUUGUUGUUCAGGUCAUCUUGCUCGCUUGGUUGUCUGCUUGCCGAACUCUUGGUUUGAUGGCUCUUGGCUCUAUACUCGAUCGCCGCUUGGUCGUGGCUUCCGAACUUGUUACUCCUUUUGUUCCAUAAUUGUUCAGCCAUCUCUUCUUUCGAGAUGAUCAAAUUAGUUGUUUCAUGUUCUUGCUGGAGUUCGACGUAUGAUGAGCGAAGAACGGU